AUGGGGAAUGAGAAGCAAAGCCCGAAAGUUACCAAACAUUUUCUAACGAAAUGCGAGGAAAAAAAAGCUCAACCAUUCGCAAGUGGAUAUUUUUCUCUUUUUUUUCGUGGAAAAAUUACUGCCAACGGAAAAUUAAGCAUCAGCGAAUUACAAUUCGUGGAGAAUGAGAAUGGGAAAUAUCUUAAAACUUAUAAACUUUUGAUUUUGAUGAAGACGGAGAAGGAAAUCUUCAAAAGAAAAAUUGCAUUUCGCGUGUUUUCUUAUUGCUCACAGCGAGAGGAAAGGCGGGAUGAGAUGGACAACAGAUUUUUUUCUGAUGUUUAUUCGCGGAAAAUAGGGAAGGAGGAAGAAGUUCAUGAUUUCUAUGGAAAACGCAGAAAAGUCACGGGCCAUCAAUUCAAUGGAAUUUUGAUAUAA